GAGAAAAAUGUUUUUAUUUUCAAAUAUCUUGACAAUUGAACUUUGAACCAAUGAUUAUGUACAUAAAUAUGUUCAUAUAUAUAGGUAUAUAUAAAUGAAAAUCAAAUCAGUCUUGAAGUUAAAGUCCACUGGAUAAUAAUAAAAAAAUACUAUAUAUUUUUUUGUCGAUUGUCGAAAAUUGAGAAAAUUUUCGUUUGAAAAUUAAAAUAUCAACAAUGAUCAACACCGGGAAAUUAGCAGGUUGUACUAUUUUUAUAACAGGAGCAUCGAGAGGAAUUGGAAAAAGCAUAGCUUUAAAAGCUGCGAAAGAUGGAGCGAAUGUUGUAAUAGCUGCAAAAACAGCAGAACCACAUCCAAAACUUCCUGGCACAAUUUAUACAGCCGCUGAGGAAAUUGAAAAAAGUGGAGGACACGCACUUCCCUGUAUUGUUGACGUUCGAGAUGAGGGUCAAAUUAAAACAGCAGUGGACAAUGCAGUCAAGAAAUUCGGUGGAAUUGAUAUUCUCGUUAAUAAUGCAAGUGCAAUUUCAUUAACAAGUACUCUUGCCACAGAUAUGAAGCGUUACGAUUUAAUGAACAACAUCAAUGCAAGAGGAACUUUUCUCGUUUCAAAAAUGUGUUUACCGUAUUUAUUAAAGAGUAAAAAUCCCCACAUUGUUAACAUUAGUCCUCCAUUAAACAUGACUCCAUUUUGGUUUAAAAAUCACGUUGCGUACACAAUGGCAAAGUACGGAAUGUCAAUGUGUGUUCUCGGUAUGGCAGAGGAAUUUAAAGAGGAAGGUGUCGGUGUUAAUGCCGUUUGGCCAAGAACAGCCAUUCAGACAGCUGCCAUUGAAAUGCUACAAGGCAGCGAAUCAGCAAAUUACAGUAGAAAACCAGAAAUUAUGGCCGAUGCCGUCUAUGCCUUAGUUUGUAAGGACAGUAAAUCGGUGACUGGAAAUUUCUUCGUCGACGAGGAUCUAUUGAGAAAAGAAGGUGUCACAGACUUUUCUCAAUAUUCAUGCACGCCGGGAAAUGAAAAGAAUUUAAUGCUCGAUUUCUUUUUGGACGAGGCAUUAGAUUCACGACUAAUUCCAAAUAAGACUGAGAAUAAAGUUGAUGGGAGUAAAAUAGCAAAUUUAUUUACAGUUAUUGAGAGUAAUUUAAAUGCAGAGCUUGUUGAUAAAGUUGGAGCGGUAUAUCAAUUUAAUGUGAAGGGCGAAGAGGAAGGUGUUUGGUUUAUAGACUUGAAAAAUGGAAAGGGCACAACGGGAAAGGGUGAGCCAAAUCAACCAGCAGACGCUGUUCUCACUAUGGAUUCGCAAAACUUUUUCGCCAUGUUUUCUGGUAAAAUGAAACCCGCCUCUGCUUUUAUGACUGGUAAAUUGAAAAUUACAGGCAAUAUUCAAAAGGCAAUUAAAUUAGAGAAGUUAAUGGUGAGUUUAAAGUCGAAACUUUAAAAUAAGAUUUAAAAAACAGUUUAAUAACUAAUGGUAUUCUUUAAAAGAUAAUAAAUUCUAAUAAUUAUAUUCUUAAGAAUUAAGAAUAAUUGGACUUAUUACUUCAAGGUAAUAUUUAUCUAAAAUAACAAUAUUUAACUUUGGGUGAAGUUCACGACGUUUUGUGAUCAACUUUUGGAGGGAAAAAAUACUUUUUAACCCAGAAAACAUGGCCCUAAAGUUUAACGUUAAAAUAUUACUUCUUAUAAUUUUAAUUUUUUGCAAAAUAAAAAAUUACUUUUCAUGGGGAGGGUACACCGAUAAUUAUUAUGGAAUAUUUAAAUUAUUUUUUUGAUAUAAUUAAAAA